AUGGACGAAUUCCUCGCCACGCCACACUGCUUAGCCGGCACACGUGGCUCUGACAAAAUGGCGCCCGGCUUGCCGGGAUCGAGCAGCAGGGCGAGCUCAGCACAAGAAUCACCACGAAGGGAUGCCCUCACCCAAAUGUCGCUGGAAUUGGCGGCGAUCUCCGCAAACAUGCUGACUAGGCAGGACAAGAAGGAGCUCGUGGCUGACCUCCGCUCAGCUAUCCGGGAGGAGGUGGCUGCAGUUCGACAAGACCUCACAGCGCUGGAACACCGGGUAGAUGAACUGGAGGUCCAACGAUUGCAGGCUGAACAACAACAACGGGCGACCGACCUGGCAACCUCGAGGCAAGGUAACCUCCUUCUGGAGCUCAGACGCCAGGUGGAAGAUCUGGAGAAUCGCGGUCGGCGCAAUAACAUCCGCGUCCGAGGCCUGCCGGAAUCUGAAGGGGAAUCACCAAGGGAGAUACUAGAGGGCCUGUUCACACAAGUACUGGGGGAAGAAGCACCACCGGAUUUCGGUUUGGAGCGUGCCCACCGUGCACUCCGACCCCCAAGGAGAGAUGGCCUCCCUAGGGACCUGGUAUGCUGCUUCCAAUCGUUCCAGCUGAAGGAAACAAUCAUGAGGGCGGCUAGAACGCAGCGCACCAUUACAUACAUGGACUCUAGGGUCUCCUUGUACCACGACCUGUCCCCCCUCACCCUUGAUGCCAGACGAGUUCUGAAGCCACUCACAGGCCUCUUACAGCAGAAACGGAUCCCAUAUAAAUGGGGAUUUCCGUUUAGCCUACAGGCCAGAGUGAAUAACCGUUGGCUGGCAGUCCGCUGGCCUAACGAUGUGCCCAGAUUCCUGCGAGCGGCAGGCCUCCCAGAGAUUCCUGUCCCUAACUGGAUAUUGGAAAAUCCACCGACCAGACCCACAGGCCCUACAGUCCCAGCGGAGAAUCUGAUGGAAGAUACCCAGCAGCGUUCUCCGAUACGCCGGGAAGGUCCCAGCGCCUCGGAGGAGUAG